UGAUGCUGAAGGCUAUGAUUCCUGAGAAGAAGGCUCCCAGGUGGUAAGCUUUGAAGAACAUUCUGAAGAUUGUAUAGGAGACAAUAUAUCAAGAAUCUAUUUGUUGCGUUGUUCUAGGACAAAAGUCAAGAGCUCCCUAAUGUAGCACUUCAGUGUUUGUUUUGGAGAGCAAAUCUACACAUUUUUUUAAACAACCGUGAAAUAGUCAGCUUAGUGAAAAAUCUAUUUGGAAGAUGUCACUGAACAACUCUUCCAAUGUAUUUCUGGAUUCCACGCCCAGUAAUACCAAUCGCUUUCAAGUUAAUGUCAUAAAUGAGAGCCAUGAGAGCAGUGCGGCUGUGAAUGACAACGCUGAUCCUCCACAUUAUGAGGAAACCUCUUUUGGGGAUGAAGGUCAGAACAGAUUUAGAAUCAGCUUUAGGCCUGGGAAUCAGGAGUGCUACGACAAUUUCCUCCAAACUGGAGAAACGGCUAAAACAGAUGCCAGUUUUCACGCUUACGAUUCUCACACAAACACAUACUACCUACAAACCUUUGGCCACAACACUGUGGAUGCUGUGCCCAAGAUCGAGUACUAUCGCAACACCGGCAGUGUUAGCGGGCCCAAGGUCAACCGACCCAGCCUGCUGGACAUUCACGAGCAACUUGCAAAGAAUGUAUCAGUGGCCCCAGGUUCAGCUGAUGUGGUUGCUAACGGUGAAGGGGCACCUGGAGAUGAACAAGCUGAAAACAAGGGAGAAGAUCAAGCUGGAGCUGUGAAGUUUGGAUGGGUGAAAGGUGUGCUGGUACGAUGUAUGCUGAAUAUCUGGGGUGUCAUGCUCUUCAUUCGCCUCUCCUGGAUUGUUGGAGAAGCUGGAAUCGGUCUUGGUGUGAUUAUCAUCGGCUUAGCCGUGACAGUGACUGGUAUCACUGGUUUAUCCACCUCUGCUAUUGCUACAAAUGGAUAUGUCAGAGGAGGUCUUGGAGUUCUCAUAAUUCUUCUUUCCACCAUGGUCACUUCUAUUACUGGGUUGUCAACUUCUGCAAUAGCAACUAACGGGUUUGUUCGUGGAGGUGGGGCCUACUAUCUUAUUUCCAGAAGCUUAGGGCCUGAGUUCGGUGGAUCUAUAGGCUUGAUCUUUGCUUUUGCCAAUGCAGUGGCUGUUGCUAUGUAUGUGGUGGGAUUUGCUGAGACUGUGGUAGAUCUUCUUAAGGAGAGUGAUUCGAUGAUGGUAGAUCCAACCAAUGACAUCCGGAUCAUAGGCUCCAUCACAGUGGUGAUUCUUUUAGGAAUUUCAGUAGCUGGAAUGGAAUGGGAAGCAAAGGCUCAAGUGAUUCUUCUGAUCAUUCUUCUCAUUGCUAUUGCAAACUUCUUCAUUGGAACUGUCAUUCCAUCCAACAAUGAGAAAAGGGCCAGAGGUUUCUUUAAUUACCAAGCAUCAAUAUUUGCAGAAAAUUUUGGGCCAAGCUUCACAAAAGGCGAAGGCUUCUUCUCUGUCUUUGCCAUUUUUUUCCCAGCAGCAACUGGGAUCCUUGCUGGUGCCAAUAUCUCGGGAGAUUUGGAGGAUCCCCAAGAUGCCAUCCCCAAAGGCACCAUGCUGGCCAUCUUCAUCACCACUGUCGCCUACAUAGGAGUCGCCAUUUGCGUGGGGGCUUGUGUGGUCCGAGAUGCCACUGGGAGCAUGAAUGACACCAUCAUUUCUGGGAUGAACUGCAAUGGUUCAGCAGCCUGUGGGUUGGGCUAUGACUUCUCAAGAUGUCGACAUGAACCAUGUCAGUAUGGGCUGAUGAACAACUUCCAGGUCAUGAGCAUGGUGUCAGGGUUUGGCCCCCUCAUCACUGCUGGGAUCUUUUCUGCAACACUCUCCUCGGCCCUGGCCUCCCUCGUCAGCGCGCCCAAAGUGUUCCAGGCUCUGUGCAAGGACAACAUCUACAAAGCUCUGCAGUUCUUUGCAAAAGGAUAUGGGAAGAACAAUGAGCCCCUGAGAGGAUACUUUCUCACUUUUGUUAUAGCCAUGGCGUUCAUUCUUAUUGCGGAACUGAACACCAUCGCUCCCAUCAUCUCCAAUUUUUUCCUGGCCUCAUAUGCACUUAUUAAUUUCUCCUGCUUUCAUGCCUCUUAUGCCAAAUCUCCAGGAUGGAGACCUGCAUAUGGUAUUUACAACAUGUGGGUGUCUCUCUUUGGAGCUGUUUUGUGCUGUGCGGUCAUGUUUGUCAUCAACUGGUGGGCAGCAGUCAUCACCUACGUCAUUGAGUUCUUCCUCUAUAUAUACGUGACUUACAAGAAGCCAGAUGUGAACUGGGGCUCAUCCACGCAGGCUCUUUCCUACGUGAGCGCUUUAGACAAUGCUCUAGAACUCACUACAGUGGAAGACCAUGUGAAAAACUUCAGGCCCCAGUGCAUUGUUUUAACAGGGGGACCCAUGACAAGACCUGCUCUCUUGGAUAUAACUCAUGCUUUUACCAAGAACAGUGGCCUUUGCAUCUGCUGUGAAGUCUUUGUGGGACCGCGCAAGCUGUGUGUUAAAGAGAUGAACAGUGGCAUGGCAAAAAAGCAGGCCUGGCUUAUAAAGAACAAAAUCAAGGCGUUUUAUGCAGCAGUGGCAGCAGAUUGUUUCAGGGAUGGUGUCCGAAGUCUCCUUCAGGCCUCGGGCUUAGGAAGAAUGAAACCAAACACUCUGGUGAUUGGAUAUAAAAAAAACUGGAGGACGGCUCCCCUGACAGAGAUUGAAAACUACGUGGGAAUCAUACACGACGCGUUUGAUUUUGAGAUUGGUGUUGUCAUAGUCAGAAUCCGCCAAGGCUUUGACAUCUCCCAGGUUCUUCAGGUGCAAGAGGAAUUAGAGAAAUUAGAACAGGAGCGGCUGGCUUUGGAAGCCACUAUCAAAGACAAUGAAAGUGAAGAAGGAAAUGGAGGCAUCCGAGGCUUGUUUAAAAAAGCUGGCAAGCUGAACAUUACUAAGCCAACUCCUAAGAAAGAUAGCAGCAUUAACACAAUCCAGUCAAUGCACGUUGGGGAGUUCAACCAGAAACUGGUGGAGGCCAGCACCCAAUUUAAAAAGAAGCAGGGAAAAGGCACAAUUGAUGUUUGGUGGUUGUUUGAUGAUGGAGGGUUAACACUCCUUAUCCCCUAUAUCUUGACUCUCAGAAAAAAAUGGAAAGACUGUAAAUUAAGAAUCUAUGUUGGAGGGAAGAUCAAUCGCAUUGAAGAAGAAAAAAUUGCAAUGGCUUCCCUUCUGAGCAAAUUUAGGAUAAAAUUUGCAGACAUCCAUGUCAUUGGUGACAUCAACGUUAAGCCAAACAAAGAAAGCUGGAAAGUCUUUGAAGAAAUGAUUGAACCAUAUCGUCUCCAUGAAAGCUGCAAAGAUUUAACAACUGCUGAGAAAUUAAAGAGAGAAACUCCGUGGAAAAUUACAGAUGCAGAACUGGAAGCAGUCAAGGAAAAGAGUUACCGCCAAGUUCGACUGAACGAACUCUUACAGGAGCACUCAAGAGCUGCUAAUCUCAUAGUCCUGAGCCUUCCAGUGGCAAGAAAAGGAUCUAUAUCAGAUUGGUUGUACAUGGCUUGGUUGGAAAUCCUCACGAAGAACCUCCCUCCUGUCUUACUAGUUAGAGGAAAUCACAAAAAUGUCCUGACAUUUUACUCUUAA